AGGAUGACACUAGUGUAGCAACUGAUGUCAAAGUUCCUAUCCUCAAGGACUUUUAUCGUCAUAUAUACGAUCGCAACUGGCACUUUUCAUGUGGUACAAAGAACUACAAAGUUCUUAUGGACGAGUUUCAUCAUGUAUCUACUGCUUUUCUCGAACUCGAAAAGGUUAUCAGGAGGCUAUCGAGGACAUUACGAAAAGAAUGGGUGCAGGGAUGGCAAAAUUCAUUUGCAAGGAGGUUGAAACGGUUGAUGACUACGAUGAAUAUUGUCACUAUGUAGCAGGACUUGUGGGAUUAGGUCUUUCCAAACUUUUCCAUGCCUGCGGCACAGAAGAUUUGGCUCCAGAUUCACUCUCCAAUUCAAUGGGUUUAUUUCUUCAGAAAACGAAUAUUAUCCGAGAUUAUCUUGAGGAUAUUAACGAGAUACCAAAGUCUCGAAUGUUUUGGCCUCGUGAGAUUUGGAGUAAAUAUGUCAACAAACUGGAGGACUUGAAAUACGAAGAAAACUCGGUCAAGGCAGUGCAGUGCUUGAAUGACAUGAUCACUAAUACUUUAAUCCAUGUGGAUGAUUGCAUGAAGUACAUGUCUGCUUUACGUACUCCGUCAAUCUUUCGGUUUUGUGCUAUUCCUCAGGUCAUGGCUAUUGGAACGCUAGCCUUGUGCUACAACAACAUUGAAGUUUUCAGAGGCGUAGUGAAAAUGAGGCGUGGUCUCACUGCAAAAGUCAUGGACCGAACAAAAUCGAUGGCUGAUGUCUAUGGUGCUUUCUACGAUUUUUCUUGUAUGUUGAAAGCUAAGGUUGAUCAUAAUGAUCCCAAUGCACAAAAAACUUUGAGCAGACUAGAUUCAAUCCUCAAGACUUGCAGGGACUCUGGGGUCCUGAAUGAAAGGAAAUCUUACAUUAUUCCGAGUCAGUCCAAUUACACUCCACUUCUGGCUGUUAUACUUUUCUUUAUACUGGCCAUUGUUUUGGCUAAUCGUGGUUCAAAUUGACCUAACAACUAGACCUUGGUUUAUUUUCGAGCAAUCAUCUCAUUAGCCGUCAUGUGUUUAGACUGCCGCAAUAUUUAGAA